AGCUGAGAAGACUGAGGUACUGAGUGAUGACCUUCUACAGGUGAAUAUUAUUAUUCUGUCUCCUGCUUCCACUUUAUACUCAGUCACAGCAGCCAUAGACACUGUCAAGUCAAAUGUAACCAUUAACAUACAAUAUGAUGGUGCUGGAUGGAACAUGUGAUGACUUGUGUUGACUGGAUGGAACAUGUGAUGACUUGUGUUGACUGGAUGGAACAUGUGAUGACUUGUGUUGACUGGAUGGAACGUGAUGACUUGUGUUGACUAGAUGGAACAUGUGAUGACUUGUGUUGACUGAAUGGAACGUGAUGACUUGUGUUGACUAGAUGGAACAUGUGAUGACUUGUGUUGACUGAAUGGAACAUGUGAUGACUUGUGUUGACUGGAUGGAACAUGUGAUGUCAUGGGGAAAAGGUCAGAUGCUGCACAAAAGAAGACCAUGGUGUUGAAACCCUGGAAGUAAUUUCAUUUAGUGAACCUGGGAUUGUUUCUUAAUUCAAUAAUACAUUGCCUUGGCAAGACAAGUUGGCUAAAGCAGAACCGUUUGUUUCAAGUCGUGUUAUCACAUUCACAGUCUACCUCCAUCAUCAUAACCCCUCCUAAAAGAGUGAGACGCAACAUGAGUAAUUUAGUGUUGAGGGAUUUUGUCAAAGUACACACACAAAAUCUUGACUCUGGUCUUGAAGCAAGGCUGUUGGCAAGGGUUUGUUGUUGGGUCUGGUUUCAGUGAUGCGAUGCCAGGUGCGAUGUGUGGGAAAGCAGGUGACCAUGUUUUUCCAAUCAGAACAGACCUUGGCAACUUGUUUUACUCUGGAACACAUACUGUGUCCAUGCUGUGCCAGGGAGAACAACAUGGCAGCUGAAUGAAGUGACUGGACUCUGUAGUGUGACUGAUGGAUGAAGUGGUCUUUGGAGGAAAGGAGAGAGAGUGUAUGUUAACUGAGAGGAGGGGAGAGCGAGAGCAUGAAAGAAAGUCAGUCUCCAUGCUCUAUUGAAUAGAUAUGGUCUUUAAGAGAGGGAAGGAGUGUGUUAAAAGUGGAACAGAGGAAGUGAAAGAGGGAGUGUGAGUGCCAGUCAACUCUACACACCUCUCUCUCAGCUCUUCAUAAAAAACAACUGAGUCACACUUUUAGGAACUGCCUUAGUGAACUAUGAACCCAGGCUUGACUUAACAUACACACAGUCUAAGCACCUGGUUAACAAAGUGACAGUUUAUAGGGCUGAAUAGACAAACAGAACAGGAAUGGAUAGGGAUGCUGAAACUACAUAGAGUUACAAGGCAGUGGACAAUGUAUAGAAUCUGUACUUACUGGAUAUUGUCACGAUGCACUAUGGGAUCUGAGGCUGACUUCAUAGUCUGAGUUGAAAGGCAUUUACUCUAAAUAAGAGACUGCCUGUCAAUAGUCUGGAAUGGCUUCCUUUCUUCCACUCCUCUCCCCGUAUCUUCAUAAUCACCAACUGAAAUAACAUAACAGGUAAAGUGAUAUGGAAAGGAAAGUGAAAUCCAAUCUUUCACUUAUGAAUGACUUGAAGGAGAUACUUACUGUAAAUUGAGGGUGAGUAAACUGAUUACAAAUAUUGAAACACGUCCUAAGUCUCUGCUAUGCUGACUGACUCUUCCUUGGUGAGAAUGCAGUAAGAAGCUGUUUACAAGUAUUGAGACACAGCCAAUAACUGCCUCAAGACUCUCCCCUGGGAAGAAUUCAAGAGAUAGGGAUUCCUUCCCCACAAGUUGUCUUUCAGCUAAACUUUGCUCCUGCAGAAGUGCACUGUGCUGCCCAAGACAUUCCUACUAUCUAUCCCCACUGGAGUGUGCUUCACUAGUUGAAUGCUAAUGUCUCUGAGUGUGAGGGCAGUCCAAGUCAGGCCUAUGGUUCAUAUCACAUGGAUGACACAGUCUAGUUCCAGCAUUUAGUGUUCCUUUCUGGGGCCUGGUGGGAUUUAUACAGGCAUUUUACACCCUUGAAGGGUAUUGCCUGCAUAUACAAACAUAUUAGCAUACACAUACACAUGUAGAUACACACACGCAGGUAUGCAUACAUGUACACACACACACACGUUAUGUUCUUCUAUCCUCGUGGGGACGUAACAUUUUAUUUCCAUUCAAAAUCAUAUUUUCCCUAACCCUUACCAUAACCUUAACCCUAACCCGUAACGCUAAACCUAACUCCUAACCCUAACCCCUAAACCUAAAAUAGCCUUUGUCCUCAUGGACACACACACACACACACACACACACACACACACACACACACACAAGCACCUUCCUAAUAUUGAGUUGCACCCCCCACUUUUGCCCUCAGAACAGCCUCAAUUCAUUGGGGCAUGGACGCUACAAGGUGUCGAAAGCGUUCCACAGGGAUGCUGGCCCAUGUUGACUCCAAUGCUUCCCACAGUUGUGUCAAGUUGGCUGUCCUUUGGGUGGUGGACCAUUCUUGAUACACACAGGAAACUGUUGACACUCAAACCAGUGCGCCUGGCACCUACUACCAUACCCCGUUCAAAUGCACUUAAAUCUCUUGUCUUGCCCAGUCACCCUGUGAAUGGCACACAUACACAAUCCAUGUCUCAAUUGUCUCAAGGCUUAAAAAUCAUUCUUUAACCUGUUUCCUCCCCUUCAUCUACACUGAUUGAAGUGGACUUAACAGGUGACAUCAAUAAGGGAUCAUAGCUGUCACCUGGUCAGUGUAUGUCAUGGAAAGAGCAGGUAUUCAUAUUGUUUUGUACACUCAGUGCACACAGGCAUGUCUAUACACACAUGCCUGCAAUACAAACACAGGCAUACACAUAAACAAGAAUACCAUAAACAAACAGACAAACCGAGACAGAUGGCAAACACAUUCAAUUAAAUUCAACAGAUACAUUAUAAUAAACAUAUAUAACCCACAGUUUGCUGUUUGCAUUUCAAGGCGCAAUGUCUGUGGGUGGAUAGCUCAAUAUGUCAAGAGAGACCAGUUACUAUGAAAUGGGAUGCAGACAUAUCUUGUAAACGUCUAGUUUACUACAGAUGAUUCAUUGAUAAUGUUAGCCUUAUCCAUCUGGCAAGUAACCAGUUACAGUUGUGCCUGCUUGCAAUGGGUUUUAUUACCCAACUCCAAAAAGGAUAGCCCUACCUACACCAUAGGGUUUACUCUAUAGAUAAAGUCAAAUUUUCCUUGUACUAUUAUGGUCUAACAAGGCAGAGCUCAAUUCAAUUUAAUCCACUUUUUUCUUAUCUCCAAGGGGUAGAUAUUAGCUGGGCUUGAAGUGAUUGUGCAGAUCACAUUCAAUAACAUGAUACAUCACCAACUUUCCUAAACAUGAGCCGAAUGUUAGUUCAGUUUAGCCUGUUGAAAUGUGACACUUUAGUUUUGCAGGACCUCUGUCUAUUUAAAUGCCUCAGUCCUAAUCUUGUUUGGACAUGUUUGUGUCAGUAACAGGAGAGCAGCUAGCCCUGUCAGACUGGCCUGUGUCUGUUGGACUGGACUGCACUUGGGAAAAUGCUGAAGAGUUGGAGAGAAGGGAGCGAGAAGAGAUGGGUGAGGGAGAGGAGAGAGAUGGGUGAGGGAGAGGAGAGAGAUGGGUGAGGGAGAGGAGAGAUGGGUGAGGAGGGAAGAUUUGGUCGGUUGACGAGAAGAGAAUGGUAGGGCGCACGCGGAUUGGUGCGUGUUGCGUUAGGAUGUGUUUGAGGGAUCUGUCGAUGUGUUCGGGUAGAUAGCUUGGGUGCGGGCUGGCUAUACGGGGUGGGCGGAUGAGUGAGAGAGAGGGAAGCUGUCUCUCUUAGACAACAAAGCCUAAACCCCAGAGCAGCACUGCUCUGACUCACUGCUCUGGAUGUUCCAUAUUCCCUUUGAGCCAGGGUCAGGGGUCAACUGGCUGCUCAGUCCACUAACUGUUUUUACUGGCUACUGCUCUGGGCCGUCUGCUGGAAAAAGACGGCCACAAUAAUAUGCCUGUAAACCUUUGAACAUCAUUGCACAUAAUGUAGAGAGGAAGGUGGGGGUGAGGGUGGGGUCUGUGUGCGUGCAUGUGCACAUUUACUCCUUAUUUCAUCCCUUUCCAGCCUUCAAGCCAGUCUCCAGGGCAGGCUGUAAUACUAUAUAUUAUUCUGAAUGAGGUGGAGGGUGUCACUGUCAGACCUGGGGGUGGUUGUCAGUGGUGUAAAGUACUUAAGUAAAAAUACUUGAAAGUACUACUUAAGUCGUUUUUUUGGGGUAUCUGUACUUUACUGUUUAUAUUUUUGACUACUUUUACUUCACUACAUUCCUAAAGAAAAUUAUGUACUUUUUACUCCAUACAUUUUCCAUUACACCCAAAAGUACUCAAAAAUGGUCUAAUUCACACACUUAUCAAGAGAACAUCCCUGGUCAACCCUACUGCCUCUGAUCUGGUGGACUCACAAAACACAUACUUCAUUUGUAGUGUUGGAGUGUGCCCCUAGCUAUCCGUACAUUUAAAAAACAAGAAAAUGGUGCUGUCUGGUUUUCUUAAUAGAAGGAAUUUUAAAUGAUUUAUACCUUUACUUUUACUUUUUGAUACUUAAUGUCAGAAGCUGAUGUGGAUGCGGUGUUGGAGUCAGGCGCAGGACACAGAAGCUUAGUCGAAAACGACUUUAAUUGUCACAAAGACAAAUACAAAAUAACGGGCCUCAAAACACAGGAGGCGAGCGAUUACGCAAACAGUGCGUAAAACACUAACAACUAGGAAACAAAUAACAUUCACCAGCGGACAGCGGACAACAACACACAACUGCAAACAAAACCAAAGGAAACUUAUAGGUGACAUAAUCAAUACAUAAUACGAAACAGGUGCACCAACAAGACAAAACCAAACAAACAUAGAGAACAUCAAGCGGUAGCAGCUAGUACUCCGGGGACGACGAACGGCGAAGCCUGCCCGAACAAGGAGGAGGAGCAGUCUCGGCGGAAUUCGUGACACUUAAGUAUAUUUGAGCAAUUACGUUUACUUUUGAUACUUAAGUAUCUUUAAAACCAAAUACUUUUAGACUUUUACUCAAGUAGGAUUUUACUGGGUGACUUUCACUUUUACUUGAGUCAUUUUCUAUUAAGGUAUCUUCAGUGGUGUAAAGUACUUAAGUAAAAAUACUUUAAAGUACUACUUAAGUAGUUUUUUGGGGUAUCUGUACUAUACUUUACUAUUUAUAUUUUUGACAACUUUUACUUUUACUCCACUACAUUCCUAAAGAAAAUAAUGUACUUUUUACUCCAUACAUUUUCCCUGACACCCAAAAGUACUCGUUACAUUUUGAAUGCUUAGCAGGACAGAAAAAUGUUCCAAUUCACACACUUUUCAAGAGAACAUCCCUGGUUAUCCCUACUGCCUCUGAUCUGGCUGACUCACUAAACACAAAUGCUUUGUUUGUAAAUUAUGUCUGAGUGUUAAAGUGUGCCCCUGGCUAUCCGUAAAUAAAAAAAUAAUAAUAAUUGUGCCGUCUGGUUUGCUUAAUAUAAGGAAUUUGAAAUGAUUUAUACUUUUACUUUUACUUUUGAUACUUCAGUAUAUUUUAGCGAUUACGUUUACUUUUGAUACUUAAGUAUAUUUAAAACCAAAUACUUUUAGACUUUUACUCAAGUAGUAUUUUACUGGGUGACUUUCACUUUUAGUUGAGUCAUUUUCUUUUAAGGUAUCUUCACUUUUACUCAAGUAUGACAAUUGGGUACUUUUUCCACCACUGUCGUUCUCCGCCAACAUCAAGGCGGUGACCCGCUCCUGCAGGUUCAUGCUCUACAACAUUCGGAGAGUGCGACCCUGCCUUACACAGGAAGCGGCGCAGGUCCUGGUCCAGGCACUUGUCAUCUCCCGUCUGGACUACUGCAACUCGCUGUUGGCUGGGCUCCCUGCCUGUGCCAUUAAACCCCUACAACUCAUCCAGAAUGCCGCAGCCCGUCUGGUGUUCAACCUUCCCAAGUUCUCUCACGUCACCCCCCUCCUCCGCACACUCCACUGGCUUCCAGUUGAAGCUCGCAUCCGCUACAAGACCAUGGUGCUUGCCUAUGGAGCAGUGAGGGGAACGGCACCUCUGUACCUUCAGGCUCUGAUCAGUCCCUACACCCAAACGAGGACAUUGCGUUCAUCCACCUCUGGCCUGCUGGCUCCCCUUCCUCUGCGGAAGCACAGCUCCCGCUCAGCCCAGUCAAAACUGUUCGCUGCUCUGGCACCCCAAUGGUGGAACAAGCUCCCUCACGACGCCAGGACAGCGGAGUCACUCACCACCUUCCGGAGACAUUUGAAACCCCACCUCUUUAAGGAAUACCUGGGAUAGGAUAAAGUAUUCCUUCUAACCCCCCCCCCCCCCAAAUUGUAAAGUGGUUAUCCCACUGGCUAUAGGGUGAACGCACCAAUUUGCGAGUCGCUCUGGCUAAGAGCGUCUGCUAAAUGACGUUAAUGUGCCCUUGAGCAAGGCACUUAACCCUAAUUGCUCCUGUAAGUCGCUCUGGUUAAGAGCGUCUGCUAAAUGACUAAAAUGUAAAUGUAAAUGUUGUGUUGUGUAGGGUUAGUCUGGGUAUCUAUCUAUCCCAUCCAUCCAUCUAUCCGUCUGUCCGUCCGUCCGUCCGUCUGUCUGUCUGUCUGUCUGUCUGUCUGUCUGUCUGUCUGUCUGUCUGUCUGUCUGUCUGUCUGUCUGUCUGUCUGUCUGUCUGUCUGUCUGUCUGUCUGUCUGUCUCUUCCUGUCAGUACAAGUGCUGAAUGAGACCAGUGCUUGUUUUCAGAAGUCAGUUCUCCAUUGCUGUUAUUGAGCUCUUUCUCUUUUGACCUUUCACUUUUUGUCUAUUUCUCCUUCGCAGUCUCUAUUUUACUGUCUUUCUUUCACUGUCUACUCAAUGUCUGCUCACCCUCUGAUUCUAUCAGUUUUUCUAUUGCUAACAAUCUCUUUGUCAAACUCUCUCUGCCACCCUCUCCUGUUUCCACAUCCCCAUUAGUUCCAUUCACACUUUGUGCUGCACAGCGUCUUUAUAUUCAAUAUACAGACUCAUAAAUAAUGUCCUAAAGACUUCCAUCAACAAAGGUAGUAUGACCACUGAGACUGAAUGUAUCCACCACCACCUUCUGCCAUAACUCAAGCCUGCAUCCCAAAUGGCACCAUAUUCUCUGUAUAGUGUACUAGUUUUGACCACAACCCUAUGGGCCUUGGACAAAGUAGUACACUAUUCUGGUAAAGGGUUUGCCAUUUGGGACGCAGCCCUACUCCGGCACCCUGGCACCCAGUGAUGAGGGAUCCAAUAGAGCUGUCAUACAUUACAGUUAUUACUAGCAGGCAUGAAUCACAGCCCAGGAUCACUGUUACAGUGAAUCAAUUGGAUCCAGACAGAGAGAGAGAUCUUCAGGACAGCUGGCAUGGAGAAGCAGCUGGAGGGAAAUGCAUGGGAUUGAGAGAGUGGGGAGAGAGAGAGGGUGUGUGAGAGAGGUACAAUAAAGGUUGGAGAUACAGUCAGAGAGAGGGGUCUCUCAGCCAAUGACGUGGCUGAAGAGGCAGAGCCAGCUGGGUGGUUACAGUGAAACAGGAAGAGGAAGUAAACACUUAGCACCAGACAACAACACACUCAUACUGAUAGUUCAUCAGAAUACUGUGGACUGCAUAGGUAAAUCACUAUCCUACAGAGCCCCCUCCUUUAGUUACACGUAUGUCGUUGCGUUUUCAUUUGCUUGGAAUAUGAUAGUUUGCUGACUGUAAUACUUUUGCUCAUAGUCCCAUACAGGAACUACACUAAGAAGGCCACUGUGUGUGGACCUCAUAAGCAAAUCUUUAUAGUUAAAACCCCCUGCUUCACCAAGACAAGCAUCACGGCAUUUUCACUUCCUUUUUAUACAGUCGUUUAGUUUGUGGACUAUAAUAGUUUGUUGAAUAUGAUGAUUUCUUUACAGGCUCAUACUAAAACGACAUAAUUUAGGGCAUUCAAACUCAACUCUGGACCUCGAAGCCAGUUCCACUGCAUUUUUGAAUUGUUCCCCUCUAAUCAGGGACUGAUUUAGACCUGGGACACCAGGUGUGUGGAAUUAAUUAUCAGGUAGAACAGAAAACCAGCAGGCCCCGGGCCUCGUAGGGUAAGAGUUGAAUACCCCUGAUAUAGGGUAUGGACCACAAAGGCACAUAUUUAGCCUAUACUUAGAUCCCCUCCGAGUCAUUAACACAUCCCUCAUUGCAUUUCCACUUCCUUUUUCAAGGUUGUGGACUGUAACAGUUUGAUAAAUAUGAUCAUUUGAUCAAAACCCCAUACCAAAAGUAUAUACUGAAAUAGAGCACAGUGGAGUGUGGGUGUGGACUAGAGCUGUUGCGGUGACUGUAUUACCGCCACACUGGCGAUCAUGAGUCAUGAAGGCAAUCAAAUUCCACGUGACCGUUUAGUCACGGUAAUUAGGCUUCUCCAAGCUCUAAUGCUGCUGAUGGUCAUUAGUAGCCUACCAAACUUGCUAACUGCCUGGUACUCAGCACUCUAUUGUCACCUAAUCAAUCUGACAUCAAUGCAAAUGUCAUUGAAAAUCUAAUCAAACACUUCAUGAGAGCCCAUGAGCUCAUGUUGCGCAACAUUUCUAUAAGCUAUGCAAUUCCGGGAGAAAACAGAGUGAUGGCCUCUGGUCUAAGUGGUGCAGUGGUCUAAGGCACUGCAUCGCAGUGCUAGCUGUGCCACUAGAGAUCCUGGUUCGAAUCCAGGCUCUGUCGUAGCCGGCCGCGACCGGGAGACCCAUGGGGCGGCGCACAAUUGGCCCAGCGUCGUCCAGGGUAGGGGAGGGAAUGGCCGGCAGGGAUAUUGGUAGAGCAUGGUGUUUGCAACGCCAGGGUUGUGGGUUCGAUUCCCACGGGGGGCCAGUAUGGAAAAAAAUAUAUAAUGUAUGCACUCACUAACUGUAAGUCGCUCUGGAUAAGAGCGUCUGCUAAAUGACUAAAAUGUAAUGUAAAUGUAAAAAGAGGAGGAUCCGAUCAGCUUUCUAUAGGCUAGGCCUACUAUAUUUAUUUCACAACUUUCCUAAUAUUAAACAAAUAUUAAGCAUAUUGCUUAUCUUUACAACAGGAGUAUAGCCUACCUGGCUGGCAUGAAAAUGGACCACAGGUAAAGCGUCCUCCAUUCGCUAUUUAAGUGUAGAGAUGACAUUUUUUCGCCUGCCCCUGUUUUCGAGACAGGUGCAUGAUAAUGGUCCAUUCUAAAUCAAAACGAAUUUCACACAUAUAUUAUUUAGUAUAUGUAAAGACAAGAUUAAAUCAAGAAUUGUCUGAUGGGUGACAAUAUUAGCCUAUCACUUGUGAUUUAUAUAUUAUCACUUGUGAAUGAUGCACAGCUUAAGGCAAGAAACAAUGCCUUUUUUGUGUGACUUUUUCUAAUCAUUACAUUUACAUUUUAGUCAUUUAGCAGACGCUCUUAUCCAGAGCGACUUAUAGUUAGUGAAUGCAUACAGUGGGGAAAAAAAGUAUUUAGUCAGCCACCAAUUGUGCAAGUUCUCCCGCUUAAAAAGAUGAGAGAGGCCUGUAAUUUUCAUCAUAGGUACACGUCAACUAUGACAGACAAAAUGAGAAAAAAAAUCCAGAAAGUGAAGAUGAUAGUGUGCUAGUGAAGAGGAUAGUGUGCUAGUGAAGGGGAUAGUGUGCUAGUGAAGGGGUUGGUGUGCUAGUGAAGGGGAUAGUGUGCUAGGGAAGGGGAUAGUGUGCUUUUGAAGAGGAUAAUGUGCUAUUGAAGGUGAUAGUGUGCUAGUGAAGGGGAUAGUGUGCUAGUGAAGGGGAUAGUGUGCUAUUGAAGGUGAUAGUGUGCUAUUGAAGGUGAUUGUGUGCUUUUGAAGGGGAUAGUGUGCUAUUGAAGGUGAUAGUGUGCUAUUGAAGGUGAUAGUGUGCUAGUGAAGGGGAUAGUGUGCUAGUAAAGGGGAUAGUGUGCUAUUGAAGGUGAUAGUGUGCUGGUGAAGGGGAUAGUGUGCUAUUGAAGGUGAUAGUGUGCUAGUGAAGGGGAUAGUGUGCUAGUGAAGGUAAUAGUGUGCUAUUGAAGGUGAUAGUGUGUUAUUGAAGGUGAUAGUGUGCUUUUGAAGAGGAUAAUGUGCUAUUGAAGGUGAUAGUGUGCUAGUGAAGGGAAUAGUGAGCUAGUGAAGGGGAUAGUGUGCUUUUGAAGGGGAUAGUGUGCUAGUGAAGGGGAUAGUGUGCUAGUGAAGGUGAUAGUGUGCUAGUGAAGGUGAUAGUGUGCUUUUGAAGGUGAUAGUGUGCUUUUGAAGGUGAUAGUGUGCUAGUGAAGGGUAUAGUGUGCUAUUGAAGGGGAUAGUGUGCUAGUGAAGGGGAUAGUGUGCUAGGGAAGGGGAUAGUGUGCUAUUGAAGGUGAUAGUGAAGGUAAUAGUGUGAUAUUGAAGUUGAUAGUGUGAUAUUGAAGUUGAUAGUGUGAUAUUGAAGGUGAUAGUGUGAUAUUGAAGGUGACAGUGUGAUAUUGAAGGUGAUAGUGUGAUAUUGAAGGGGAUGGUGUGAUAUUGAAGAUGCUGGUGUGAUAUUGAAGGGGAUAGUGUGAUAUUGAAGGUGAUAGUGUGAUAUUGAAAUAAUACAUCAGUCUUCUGCUUUGCAUUGAUAGGGUCCUGGUACUAACUGUUCACUGAUCUCUCUAACCUGACUUGCAUAAAUAUUAAGAUAAUAUAAUGUAGCCUAGCUCUGCUCCCUGUAGAGAGGACUAUAUGUAUAAAUCCUGCUGGUUUUCCCUCAACAGCCCUCUAUCUGUCUGUCAGAGCUGACAGUUAAGACACAUCAUGUAGGGCUGUGAAUAACCGUGACCAGAUGGUAACCAGGAGGAGCCAGUCAAUCAAACCAGCUUCUUCCACUCAAUCAUUUCACAUAACUAGGUCUAUAAUCAUUAUGCAAUGGACAUACUGUAUAUAUCUAUUUGAAUGAAACAGAAAUGCAAAAACAUUGGUACAACAACCGUAUAGAUCAGGGGUGUCAGGAGGGUAGCUCUCCAGGAAUAGGGUUAGAGUUAAAACCUACAGGAGGGUAACUUUUCAGGAACAGGUUUGGAGUUAAAAUCUACAGGAGGGUGGCUCUCCAGGAACAGGGUUGGAGUUUAAACCUACAGGAGGGUAGCUCUCCAGGAACAGGGUUGGAGAGCACUGAUAUAGAGAAAGACUAUAUUGCGGUACCAUUCUAUUAUGUGUUUUGUGAUGGAGUGUGAGUGUGUUUUUGCUUAUGUUCAUUUGUGUUUCUUCUGACCUGCCCACCAUCAUGAGUGUGUAUGUGUGAUUGCAGAUUGAGAGGCGCAUGGAGCUGGUCCGUCUAGUGUCCCACAACGCACACAAGAGACUGGUCACCUGUCUACAGGGUCACAUCGGAACAGACGCAGAAAAGAGACACGUAAGGACAAUCUCCUUCUCUACCUCCUCAUCCUCUUCUAUCUCUCCUUCUCACCCUCUCCUCUUCUAUCUCUCCUUCUCACCCUCUCCUCUUCUAUCACUCCUUCUCACCCUCUCCUCUUCUAUCUCUCCUUCUCUACUCUCCUCUUCUAUCUCUCCUUCUCACCCUCUCCUCUUCUAUCUCUCCUCCUCUACCCUCUUCCUCUUCUACCUCCACUCCUCUCUACCUCUCCUCUUCUAUUCUCCUUCUCACCCUCUCCUCUUCUAUCUCUCCUUCUCACCCUCUCCUCUUCUAUCCUCUUCUCUACCUCUCCUCUUCUAUCUCUCCUUCUCUACCUCUCCUCUUCUAUCUCUCCUUCUCUACCUCUCCUCUUCUAUCUCUCCUACUCACCUCUCCUCUUCUAUCACUCCUUCUCACCCUCUCCUCUUCUAUCUCUCCUUCUCACCCUCUCCUCUUCUAUCUCUCCUUCUCACCCUCUCCUCUUCUAUCUCUCCUUCUCACCCUCUCCUCUUCUAUCACUCCUUCUCACCUCUCCUCUUCUAUCUCUCCUUCUCACCCUCUCCUCUUCUAUCUCUCCUUCUCCCCUCUCCUCUUCUAUCUCUCCUUCUCUACCCUCUCCUCUUCUAUCACUCCUACCUCACCCUCUCCUCUUCUAUCUCUCCUUCUCACCCUCUCCUCUCUAUCUCUCCUUCUCAGACCAUCUCCUCUUCUAUCCUCCUUCUCACCCUCUCCUCUUCCUAUCUCUCUUCUCCCCAUCUCCUCUUACUAUCUCUCCUUCCUCACCCUCUCCUCUUCUAUCAUCCUUCUCACAUCUCCUCUUCUAUCUCUCCUUCUCACCAUCUCCUCUUCUAUCUCUCCUUCUCACCAUCUCCUCUUCUAUCUCUCCUCUCACCAUCUCCUCUUCAUAUCUCUCCUUCUCACCAUCUCCUCUUCUAUCUCUCCUUCUCACCAUCUCCUCUUCUAUCUCUCCUUCUCACCAUCUCCUCUUCUAUCUCUCCUUCUCACCAUCUCCUCUUCUAUCUCUCCUUCUCACCAUCUCCUCUUCUAUCUCUCCUUCUCACCCUCUCCUCUUCUCAGGGAGAUGUGUUGUGAACAGCUCUUACCUCUAACUCAGACAUCCACGUUAACCACAUACUAAUGUCAAUGAAAGAUGUGCAAUUACUGUAAUUUGAGUUAUUUCAAGUUAGGUUUGGAGCACUAGAGAAAGGAGACUGAGACAAGUUAGACAUCAUCGCAAUGAGUGAUGUUAGCAAUGUUCUCUCUCCUCUGCAAUCACAACACAACAUCUCUCACGAAAUAACAGAGGAUAGACUCAGUGGACAGACAUGUGAAGUAGGCCUCUCUCCAAACCCUCCACUAUCUUUCCAAAAUACUGUUAGCCAGACCCGCCCCAGUGAUGCAACAUUACUGAUAUGACUGUCAAUUCACUGUCAUUACUUUCACUCCAGAAUUGUCCUCUUAUCUCGUGUUCGAAACAUAAUUUUUUUAUCGUCCAACAUUUUUGCUUUGACUUGAGAAAGACAGCUACUCAUGGUUCUUCAGAAGACCUAAGAUGAUAAAAUAUCUCAUGGACAGGUACGGCUGAGAGUUUCUGUUUAGAGGCGUGUUCACUUCACUAGUCUCAUUAGUACAAACAUGUAUCCCUACAGAAGUUAAUAGAGCAUCUGACGCAUUACACAAUAUUUUUGUUCUAGGUGUCCGAGAUGAAAGAUGAUACAGUAACAUGUCUUGUGUUGAGCAAUUUAACUACAAAUCCCAUGAUGCCUUGUGUUUCCUGCCACAGAAAAAGCUCCCUCUGUCAGCGCUGUCCCAGGCCAUGCAGGAUGGAGGAAGCCAGCUGGGGGAGGAAACACUGAUUGGGUGAGUGUGGAGCAAUGACUGCAGACGUAUAUGGGGCCGGUUUCCCAGGUACAAUGGAGAUCCUCCAUGCUUCUCAGUCCAAGACUAGGCUACAUCUGUAUUUGGGAAACCAGCCAAUGAUAUCUAUUGUUUGGACAUGUUGAACAUGCAGAUUCAGAAAUAUUCCGUUGAGAAAGUUAGUCCAUAAGCACAGAAUAUGAACAGAUCCCAGGACUAAGCUAGUGAGAGUUAUACAGGGAUGGAUAUGGAUGCUUAAAAGGCCUUUAAUGUGUUUGUGGUAUUCCUACAGUACCUAUUACUCUCAGCUUUAGGAAUGAUAAUGCAGUGAUAACGUUGUCUCUCUCUCUCUGUCCUCUUUCUCUCUGUUUAUCUGUGUAUAUGUGUGUGUUUACGUGUGCUUGUGUGCAUGCAUGUCUCUGUGUGUGUCUGUGUGUCUUUCUCUAUAUCUCUCUGUGUGUGUGUGUGUGUGUGUGUGUGUGUGUGUGUGUGUGUGUGUGUUGGCAGUAAGAUGAUGGAUGUGUGUGGGGAGGCAGAGAACAGACUAGCGUCUGAGCUGAUGCAACACGAGGUCCAGCUAGAGAGAGAGAUCCUGGAACCUCUCAACCAGCUAGCAGAGGUGACCACCAACACUCUCCAUAUCUUAUCCUGGCAUUGAUAACACUGAGCAUGUCAAUGGUGAUCAAGUAAUACAGAUCCCAAGGUCAUUUCACCUUGCUUCUGUUUUAAUACAGUACUGUUUUACUACAUAAUACAUGUUUUCACUACAAUAAAACGUGUUACUCCCAUACCUGCCCAGGUGGACAUUCCCAACAUCCUGAAACAGAGGAAACAGCUGGCUAAGCUAGUCCUAGACUAUGACUCAGCCAGAGCCAGGUACUGUACUACAACCCCAGAGCCAGGUACUGGACUAGAACCCCAGAGCCAGGUACUGGACUAGAACCCCAGAGCCAGGUACUGGACUAGAACCCCAGAGCCAGGUACUGCAAUAGAACCCCAGAGCCAGGUACUGGACUAGAACCCCAGAGCCAGGUACUGUACUACAACCCCAGAGCCAGGUACUGGACUAGAACCCCAGAGCCAGGUACUGGACUAGAACCCCAGAGCCAGGUACUGGACUAGAACCCCAGAGCCAGGUACUCGAAUAGAACCCCAGAGCCAGGUACUGUACUACAACCCCAGAGUCAGGUACUGGACUAGAACCCCAGAGCCAGGUACUGGACUAGAACCCCAGAGCCAGGUACUGGACUAGAACCCCAGAGCCAGGUACUGUAAUAGAACCCCAGAGCCAGGUACUGUACUAGAACCCCAGAGCCAGGUACUGUACUAGAACCCCAGAGCCAGGUACUGGACUAGAACCCCAGAGCCAGGUUCUGGAUUGAACCCCAGAGCCAGGUACUGGACUAGAACCCCAAUCAUAAGGCUAUGCCAAAUACACAUUGUAUGUGCAUUUUUCAAGUUAAGAUUUGACUCUAUGUGCACACGUAGAUGAGACAAAGUUCCAAAUCUCCAUAAUAUAUAUUUUUUUGCUCCAGGUGGUCGCAGGCAAGCAAGUCUAUUCACUUUUCCACCAACAACCAGGCCACGGCCGCCAAGGCUGAGACUCUCAAAGACGAGAUGGACGAGGCCCUGAACAAAGUGGAGAUGUGCAAAGUAGGUAGUGGUUUUUACAGAUUGAUUCGCCAUAUCAAGUGUCUCCGCUGAAAUGUUCAAUUUUAUAGCGUAUUGAACUUAUAUUAUUUAUCAUUUAAGGGAGAAUGAUAUAUAUAUAUUGGCACCAAAUGUGCACAUACAACAGAGGAUGUAAUUGGUGGGCAAAGUGGUAGAAACAGGUUUCCAGGGCAUUUUGCAGGUUUCCAGCACUAUGAAAAACCUCUCAGUAAAAAGGGAAGUCUAGGGACAGUACAGGGCAGCAUGAGAGCACACACCUGGUAUUCCCAGUAUUCCUAGAUGACCUUGGGAAGUUGGGAAUACCUUCCUGCUCUAAUGACUGAAGGUAAAUUUGAAAAAUGGCGGCACAUUCCAGCUAAGGCUUCUUAAUCAUGACAGGAUCAUAUCUGAUGACCUGGCUGAACAGAGGGUUAUUGUGACAGAGCCUGACAUACAUGUUAUUAGGGCUAUGUUAUUAAAGGGUUGUGACUGUGCUGUCAGUUACCUAUACAUGCUAUUCAUAUUGUUAGGUUCUAAGUUCUGGUUCAAUAAUCCAGACAGAUACCAAAGAAAGCUCAGGCUAGAUUUAUUAACCACACUGGGUGUUGCAGCUUCAAGACAAGAUACAACUUCACAAGCACAUAUAUCUAUAACCUCCGACUAGGCCCCCCUUCCCAAACAGAACCCCCUGGGCUGGGCAGGUGGUGUUAUCGACCCAGCUUGAGUCCGGUACUCCUCCACGCCUCUCACAGGACUUCUUAUCAGUCAGGAGAGGCCUUCAGUUAUAGGGAGUGCACAUUCUUGCAGUCUACCGCGGUCCACUAGAUAAUUACUCUUCUCAUACACAAAGAGCUUAAACCUAACACUACUUUUCAUCCCUAAGAAUAUAUAUAUGCUGUAUCCUCAUAUUAAAAGGAUAUAGUGGUAUAAAACAGUAAAGAUAUUAGACAGUGUUAUAGAACAGUAAUUACGAUCUACCAGCUCUAACUCCAAACAAUUGUCUCCUAUUCAACCCUUAUGGAAGCAUUCUUGCCCUCAGAGACAGGCCCUUUGUACUUUCCCUCUGCCCAAAUACAAUGGACAUAGAUUAUUCCAUCUAACCCAUGGCACAAUAAUUACUACUGCUAGGCUCAUUUUACAAUUAUAUUAAAAUGGGCUCAAGUCCAUAUGCAACAAUAUUAUUAAUGCAUAUUUCACUGGGUGAUUGGGUAAAAAGCGGGUUGAAAAUUGAAGUCUACACCACAUUUGGAGGGACAAAAUGCUAAUGUUCACGUCUUCCUUCCUAAGGACCAGCUGUCUGCUGACAUGUAUAACUUCUCCUCCAAGGAGGGAAACUACGCCCGCUACUAUGUCAUUGUGAGUAUUCUUCAUCCUGACUAUAUCAUAAGCUCAUCAUCAUCAUCAUUUCAUUCAGAUCACAUUUGACCCACAAUAUCUCAUGAGUUGAAAUGUUAUGUUAAGAGUGGGGUAGUAUUGGAUUGAAUAACGUUCUUGUCCCACAGGGAAUUUAAGGUGUGGCAUUUGGAAUAAAUUGAAGGCACAAUACGUGAUACAAUAUAAAUGUGUGUGAUACCAUGUGAAUGUGUGUGAUACCAUGUGAAUGUGUUUGAUGCCAUGUGAAUGUGUGUGAUACCAUGUGAAUGUGUGUGAUGCCAUUGAAUGUGUGUGAUACCAUGUAAAUGUGUUUGAUACCAUGUGAAUGUGUGUGAUACCAUGUAAAUGUGUGUGAUGCCAUGUGAAUGUGUGUGAUAUUAUUUAUUAUUAUUAUACCAUGUGAAUGUGUGUGAUACCAUGUAAAUGUGUGUGAUACCAUGUGAAUGUGUGUGAUACCAUGUAAAUAUGUGUGAUGCCAUGUGAAUGUGUGUGAUACCAUGUAAAUGUGUGUGAUGCCAUGUGAAUGUGUGUGAUACCAUGUGAAUGUGUGUGAUACCAUGUGAAUGUGUGUGAUACCAUGUGAAUGUGUGUGAUACCAUGUGAAUGUGUGUGAUACCAUGUGAAUGUGUGUGAUACCAUGUGAAUGUGUGUGAUGCCAUGUGAAUGUGUUUCAGUUGGUAGAGGCCCAGGCCGACUACCACAGGAGGUCUCUGGCUGCUCUGGAAGGAGUCCUGCCGACCAUACAGGCACAGAAAGGUAAAGGAAACCUUAAUGAAUCAAAACCUGUUAACACAAUUUUCUUGAUAAAAGAAUGCACAUUUCAAUUAAUAUGCUCAAGAGACUAAGGUAAAAAAUCAAAUAAUAAUAAUAAAUUAAACUGAAUGUUGAUUCAUAAUGCUUUCUCACUGCAUGCAAUGAAUGUUCUGACUGCAUCACCUUGGUCAGAUAUGUUUUACCUCUAAUCAACAGUCUCUUUCAUUUCAAAGCCAGUAUUCACAAAGCACAGCCAACUAUUCAUGUAAUGUUAAGUAGGAAACGGAGUCUGGUAAAGGUUUGUUAUAAAAAUAGAAAAUCUCAAGUGACAUAACUGACGUCAGUUUGUUAAGUCUUGGCACUUCAUUGCCUUAGCAGUAAAACAAAGCGGUGCUAAUGAGCAGUCUUUCUCGGACUUAAUGAAAUAGGAAUUGGAUUGAAUCAGGUUCAAUUUGAUUUGAGUGAAAACGGCUCUAUUGUCUUAAAAACAUCUACAGUCACAUCUGGACCCGUAAUCUCUCCUGUCCAUAUAAAGCUGAUUCAUUAUGAACUAAAAGGCUAAACAGAUCCUUGAUCAGCAGUCCUAUUCUGAGCGCUUUUUGAAUAGAGGCCCUGGUCUCACUCUGGAUCAGAUAAAUUAAUUACAUGUGCUAAGAUGAAGUUGGUUAUUAGUGAGCAAUCGGUUAAUCUGUUAGUCGUACUCUAAAAUGACAGGAAUAACCUAGCAGUCAGAACAGAAUCUCUGUUUCCUCACAUACUGUUCAUGAUAAUGAAACUGACCUACGCCAGCGGCCAUUUUGUGCCCUGUGUACAGACUCGUGGAUGGAGAAGCCUGCGUACGGCACGGCUCUGGAAGAGCACCUGAAGAGGAGUAACCGUGAGAUCGCCCUGCCCUUAGAGGCCUGUGUCAUGAUGCUGCUGGAGACUGGCAUGAAGGAGGAGGUAACCAUCACCAUGAUGAUGAUGGUGAAAAGAAUGGACUAGCGCAGGGAUCAUCAACUAGAGUUUUUCUUGAGUGGAUGUUCAGGGGGCCAGAACAUAAUUACAAAUAAUUUGUACACUUCAAAUUGACCGCAAUAAGCCCAAAUAGAUAUAAUAUUUGACUAAAACAUAAUAAUUUCAAACCUUCCUUACAUUUGUAUAUGAUCAAAUACAGUAUAGCUCUCUAUUAUGCGUGGGAAUACUUUGGAACAGACUUCCAAAAUUAAAAGCACUUGGAGCUGAUUUCCUGGUGUUUUUACAGUCUUUUAUGUCCAACAAAAAACUUGGGGGGACAAUUAAAAUAAUUUGGCCCACCGGCCGCCAGUUGGGGAACCCUGGGCUAGCGUUUUUAUAGUGCUUCUCACUAGGUCUCAAUGCACUACUAGUUAUUGAGGGUAAGUCACCCUAUCCAUAUCUAAUAUGUAGCAAACUACCAACAUGUUACUGUUACAGACAGAAGACUAGACAAUUGCCAUUUCACAGACAUGCUGAGUAAGAGCCUGCAGUCUAGUACUGAUGACAUCUGUGGUCUGGUUCUUUGGUUGGUUAGCCAGCCUCGUGCCUUGGAGGGAAGCUUUCAACUGUAACACUUUAUUUUUUAUUUUUUACAGACAACCUCAACCUCAAAGAAUCGUAUCUCUAUAGAUGUGAAAUGAUGGUAUCUAUUUUCUCCCUCCUUCCUUCUCCUUGUCUCAGUCAUACCAGACCAGACGGCCUUCUCUAAUAUUAGAACAGAAAGCAGACAUCCAUUUCCCCCUCAAAGAGCUUCUCAGUUCAAUUCAAAUGGGCAUUUUUUAUCAUUUAUAUUUGUAUCUAACCAUGGUUAGUUUGUUGAGAACCAGUUCUCAUUUGCUAUGAAGACAAAACCAUUUACAAACUUUAAUAAUGUAUCUCUCUCUUCUCAGGGUCUGUUCCGAAUCGCUGCUGGGGCCUCCAAACUAAAGAAGCUGAAGGCAGCGCUGGACUGUUCCACCUCCCAGUUAGAGGAGUUUUACUCUGACCCCCAUGCUGUAGCUGGUAUGACCCAUUUCCCUUACAUCACUCAGUAAAGUUGUUUUCGUUCCCCUUGACUCUCAAUAGUCUAUGCAGGGGUUGAAUUUGGAGGUGCGGAGGGGAAGACAAUACAAACUGCAGUCUUUGGAUUUGAGAGCGUAUUCAGUCCAGUGGGAAUGGUGUAUAUUUCAGUUGAAAAUUAUCAUGUAUUUUAGGUGGACAGUCCCACUACUUCGAAAAGCACAAUUGAACCCCAUUCAGUUCAUGUACUAUAAUGCACCAUGUUUGUGGUUGUGUUGUCCCUGUCUCUGUCCAGGAGCUCUGAAGUCUUACCUCAGAGAGCUGCCUGAACCCCUUAUGACCUUCGCACUGUAUGACGAGUGGACACAAGCCUCCAAGUAAUAAUACCACAUAUCCACCUGUGUACACAUUGAUUCACUGUCAUGGUCGUAUUCAAUAGGCACAAAACUGAAGAAAACAGACCGAAACGUGGAGGUACUACCUGAAUUGGCCAAUAAGAAAUGCUCAUUUUGGUUUUCUGUUGCAAAGCGUUUUGCUAUGGUGUGCCCUAAUGAAUACGACCCAAACCCAACAGGUGUUUAUUAUAGAGACUGUGAAACAUUGUACCAUCUUAUUUGUGUAUGUAAUGUUGUGUUGUACAGUGUGUCUGACACAGACAGGAGGCUUCAAGCUUUGUGGGUGGCGUGUGACGGUUUGCCAAAGAACCACAAGGCCAACUUCAGGUGAGUGUCAUGCUGGAAACAUUUAAACGUCCACCACUCCAAUGAUAUGCUCCCAGAAGUGAUUUAUUUAUGAGAUGCACAGAAGGUCAAUGGUUCAUUCCCCCUUUGGGAUUUUGUUUGCAGGUAUCUGGUAAAGUUCCUAGCCAAGCUGGCCCAGGACAGUGAGGUGAAUAAGAUGACUCCCAGUAACAUCGCCAUAGUGCUGGGACCCAACCUGCUCUGGUCCAAGACUGAGGGGUGAGCAGUACACUGAGGAGGAUAUACAACAUCCAUCCCAUGCAUCAAAAAGAAAGGACCAAGGCACUCUUCAUUGAAUUAAUACAAAUUCCUUUAUUUGUAUGGCAUGUUCAAUGGAAACAAAGAUAACACAUUUCAAAUCUUUGUUUCCAUUGAACAUGCCAUACCAAUAAAGGCAUUUUAAUUAAUUAUAUGAAGAGAGCCUUGGUCCUCCUUUCUUUGUGAUGACCCAUUUACCCCUUUUACCAAAGACUACCUUCUGUCUACAGAAACCUACUAUUGUGUACCUUAGCAACGCUUCCUGCCUUAUUUUUUCUACAAAUCCAUCCCUUGCAUUUGAGUUCAAUAAUUAGCAUGAAUAGUGUUGUACAGUACAUAGAUACAGUAGUUAAUUUCCUAACAACAGAUUUUGCUUGAUGUUUCAUUGAUCUCUCUCUCUCUCUCCCUGUAUCCUCAGGACUCUGGCAGAGAUGGCUGCUGCUACCUCUGUCCAUGUGGUGGCCAUCAUAGAACCCAUCAUCCAGCACGCUGACUGGUUCUUCCCAGAUGGUAAGCGACCUCUACUUGUACCUGGGAAGGGAUUGUGUUACAGAAAGUCUUUAUCUAAGUGACUAUGUUACUCCUAAGUUACUCCUCACGUGACAUAGAACGGGAAAUGCCCUUUGUCUUGCUUGCUGACCUCUCUGUGUUUCACUUCUCAUCAGACGUGGACUUCAACGUGUCGGGCAUGUUCGUGGCCAUGACCCCUGAACCUGACCCGGGACCUUUCGAGAGGCGACACCCCAGCAGCCUGGUGGACGGGGACAGUCCCCGCAAAGACAGGUACCUGUCCUACCCCCGUAGCAACCCCCGUCCCAGCCCAGGUCUCAUCCCCCAUCCCCGGACACUGACCAGGCAGGAGUCCAGGGGGGCAGCAGCCGUCUCAGCCCUCUAUGUAGUGGCUGACGAGUCCAUCACGGUCAAAGAAACGCCCGCUGGGGAGCAGGAACAGCCGAUGCCACUGCCUUCUUAACGAAGUCCAACCUAUACACUAGGAGACAGUUUGUGAAUCCAGAAUCCCAGUUUCUGAAAGUCCAUUCCAAUUCCAAUGUGUUUGUGUGUGUUUUGACACUACAGUAUUGCCGAUAUGUAAGAUGAUUGUAGAAAGGAACCAAUAAAAUGUGUUUAAACCGAGGACAGUGGUGAACGUGAUGAAUAACCACACUUUCUCACUAAGAAUUGUUCUUAAAUUAACACAUGUUUCAGGAGAUAUAAGGAUUAACUCUCACUUGUCUUGAAUCACACUUUUAUCAAGCUGUGUCACAAAACAAUGUUUAACACUUUGAACAUCCUAUAUGCCACUCUCUAUUAAAGCCUAGGUUUUAGGUUACUGGUUGUAUGUUUUGUGUCACUCUAUUCUGUUGUCAUGGCAUCUAUCUAUACUCUCGCUGUAAGAAACGGCAGGAGCUCAAAGUUCACUAGUUCGAAGGUCACUUGAACUAGAAUCAUGUGAUACUCCGUUUCAGUAAAGGCCUUUGGUUAAUACCUCAUUCUUCUCUCUCUCUGUGGAGUGGUCUCUCUUUUAACUGUCUUUCUUUUUCUGUUUCUGUAUCAGUCCCUGUCUCUCAUAC